AUGCAGUGCGGGUCGCGUCACUCGGAGCGGCGGGUCCCGGCUCGACAGGCAAGGUGGAAUUUGAACUCGUGGCUUACUUUCUUUGCCUUUUGUGACAUUGAAUGAGCACUGAAUCCAGAAAUUUGGCCAUGUUGGCUCAUGGCAACUUUUAAGGCCCUGAUAAUGGCACUUUGCGAAACGAUGUGGCAUAAAGGAGAUCCGAGCAAUUGCCUUGGCAGGUGGAAGAACCGAAAUAGGAGGCUGAAACCCAGCCGGCGUUAAUCUCUCUGCCAGUGAAAACAGCUUUGGCCUUUUCUCCUUAGUUUCCUGGAUUAUCCACCUGGGGAAGUGGGAGAGCUUGAGAACCAUUUCCUCCCAUGCCUCUGCUGCAAAGGCAAAGCCCAGGGCUAAAGUGUCAGCCACCAGGCGGGAGAUGUUGGGAUCCCAGCUAACAGGUCUUCUCUGUCGGUUGAAAUGUCUAUGAUUUUAUCUGCUUCAGUCAUUCGUGUCAGAGAUGGACUGCCACUUUCUGCUUCAACUGACUAUGAACAAGGCACAGGCAUGCAGGAGUGCAGAAAGUAUUGUAAGAUACUCUCGAGGAAACUUGCUCAGCUUCCUGAUAGAUGUACACUGAAAACUGGACAUUAUAACAUUAAUUUUAUUAGCUCUAUGGGCGUGAGCUACAUGAUGUUGUGCACUGAAAAUUACCCAAAUGUUCUGGCCUUCUCUUUCCUGGAUGAGCUUCAGAAGGAGUUCAUUACUACUUAUAACAUGAUGAAGACAAAUACUGCUGUCAGACCAUACUGUUUCAUUGAAUUUGAUAACUUCAUUCAGAGGACCAAGCAGCGAUAUAAUAAUCCCAGGUCUCUUUCAACAAAGAUAAAUCUGUCUGACAUGCAGAUGGAAAUCAAGCUGAGGCCCCCUUAUCAAAUUUCCAUGGGUGAACUGGGGUCAGCCAAUGGAGUAACAUCUGCAUUUUCUGUUGACUAUAAAGGUGCUGGUAAGAUUUCUUCUGCUCACCAGCGACUAGAACCAGCAACUCUGUCAGGGAUUGUGGCAUUUAUCCUUAGUCUUUUAUGUGCAGCUCUGAAUUUAAUUCGAGGCUUUCAUGCCAUAGAAAGUCUCCUGCAGAGUGAUGGUGAGGAUUUUAAUUACAUUGUUGCAUUUUUCCUUGGAACAGCAGCCUGCCUUUAUCAGUGUUACUUACUUGUCUACUACACCGGCUGGCGGAAUGUCAAAUCUUUUUUGACUUUUGGCUUAAUCUGUCUAUGCAACAUGUAUCUCUAUGAACUGCGCAACCUCUGGCAGCUUUUCUUUCAUGUGACUGUGGGAGCAUUUGUUACACUACAGAUCUGGCUAAGGCAAGCCCAGGGCAAGGCUCCUGAUUAUGAUGUCUGACACCAUCCUUCAGACUAUUGCCUUGGCUUCGGGGGAAGGAGGAGGGAGCAUAUCUUAACUACCACUGUGAUGAAGCACCUGUUCACCACAAAGAAGCUCUGUUUUCUCUCUCUCCAACUGUCUUUUUUGCUUUAAGUCAGCAUAGCAUGCCUGUGAGCAUGCAUUACCUGUUAGGCAAACUUCUCUCAGCAGAAUGUUGGCCAUGAGGUUAUCAUUCGGAAGAUGAGGAGACGCCAUGGCAGCGGAAGAAUAGUCAGUCACCAUUGGAAGACUUGGCCAGCAGCCGUGGCUGGAGGGUUGAGUCAAAAAGUAUGUGUGGUACUUUCUCUGAGAACCAAGCAGGAGCUCUACAACCCCAGUUUGCCUUUGUGAGGCAUUAGUGUAGACCAAAUAAAAAGAUGCUGCAGUGAA